AUCGCUAAGUCCAUGCAAGAUCAAUUGCAUGCGGAUUCGCUCGCAAAAAAAGAAAAGGAGGCCCAGCAUAAUCCUAGUGCUUUUGUUUUGUCUUCGUUGGUCGAAGGAAUGAUGGUCGUGAUUCGUUUAAUUAUGUUGGUUAUUACGAACGGUUGCAUUGAGCAGUAUGCAUAAACGAUAGUUACUGCGUGUAUCUGUUUCGUAUUCAAAGCUUUUCUCGUAAGCUGCCAGUCCCUCUUAAGCUUUGCUUCGUUUAUGAUGCGAUUCAAUGAAAUAGCUUGUCACGCAUAAGACUGGUUAAUAUGCUCUAUUGAUUGAUUAGGCUUUUCGUACGAUUGGGCAAUCUGUAAGCGUCGCGAGUUUUCGUCGGGUAAAAUCUGUUCUCGUUUUGCUCCCCCGCCCGUGACUCUGGGAGUCCAAAUGAAAUUAUAAUUGGCUGAACAAAAUGAACAUUUUUGGGAUUGGUGGGGGCUGACAAAACGUGCAGUCGGUGACCAGUUCUAGGAACCGUCCGUUUGGAAAUAUUUUGUGGUGCCUCGUUUGGUAAUGUUACUAAACUGAACGAGUAUGUGAAUGUUGGUGCACAACUUCCCUUUAUCGAGGGUAGGCUCCCGCAAUAGGGUCUGCUCCUUAAACUGGACAAAUUAUUCUCCGAAUACUGGUUUUUCAUCUUUUUAUUUAUUUGUCAUUUCUACGAUGUACUAUGUUUGUUAUUCUCAAAAUAUUAGUGUUGACUUUGAUGCGCGUCCCCUUAUUUUUAUGCCACGUCCCACAGAUGGCCUGCACGCUAUGUUACUGCACCGUGCUGGUGGUCAUUUCUACUUGUUUAGGAGAGAAAUAGACUGUUGCGCAAAAUGUGUGCCUUAGAAGUUAUGCACCUGACCAGAAUGCUAGCAGCGUGGCAGGCAGUGCGACGUCAAUGCGAGCCACGUACGGGAGUCUUUGUCGUAACCCAAUAAAUUGCUAAGGGUAAAAGCUGAGCUAGUUGGUUCUGAAACAUCUUGGGUAAAACCAGCUGAACAAAGGAAGGAAGGUGACAGGAGAAAAAGAUUGGCGAACCGACCGCUGGACUAGCAACUGUUUUUUAUUAAAUCUUCCUCUUCUAUUAAUUCAUCUCCAAUCAUCCUUUUUCUUCCUCUUUCCCAUUGCUCUUAUUUUUUCUCCUGAUUUUUAUCAAUUACCCACGAAGGGUGCCUCGUAGAAAGAGUUUUUCUUUGGCUUGCAAGGUAAUUGAAGGGGUGCUCACGCACUUGUCGUCUUCUUCAUCGAUAGCAAUGGCUAUCGACGAAGAAGACGAUAGCCAUUGCUAUCGUCUUCUUCGACCAUGUUCACAGAAUUAUGUGAACAUGGUCGAGCUCUGCUGUACACAGGCAUGUCCGACAAUGGGCAGCUAAAUGUCCUGGUCCCGCAAGGUUCCCAAGGUUCGCUGCAUGUUCACGUGCUCGGUCGUUAAUACAUUGACCGGUCUGUCCGAUGUAGCAGUGGCCACAUGUUAGCGGUACGUUAUAUAUAUAACUUCCUUUCACGAGGAGCGUAUUGUGUUCGGUGCCUGGUGUUACACUUUUCCUUGGUGUUGAUUGGCGCCCGAUUAAUUUUGCGGCACAUUGAAUAGGCCUUGUUAGGUGCCGAGCAGAUGAGCUGCACGUUUUGCCGGUUCGCUAUCUUUUUUAACUUAUGGGUAACCCCGUGAAUAUAUGGUAUCACUACAAAGGGUGUUCUGGGCUUUUUUGUUUGUUGACUCGUAGCAUUAUUCGUCUCGAUGGUGCGACAUAUUUUUUCGCAGAUGGACACCAUCGUGGGUUUCGGGUAUCCCGCGUUAUGAUGUCGAGAUAUUUGGGUGUCAAAACUUUGUUGUACUUGAUGUGGACAUGAUUUUUUUUAGACUUGCUGUAAGAGCCGAGAUGGCCACAGCUUGUUUUACGUUCUUAGAAUGUUCCGAUUCAUAAGGAAGAAAUGCCUUCCCCGAUCGUGCUUGAUAUUUCCAACGUACAUGUCCUGUUUUGAAUGUCAAAGCUAAAUCCAGAAACCGAAUGGAAUCGUCCGCAGGAGUCUCGUAGGUGAAGGUUAGGCCCAAACAGUUUUGUUGGAAUAGUGUCAUGCUGGUGUUGAGGCAUCCGUCUUCUUUUUCGUUAAUUUUUGUGGUGGAUAGAAUAAGAAAAUCGUCCACAUAUCUAAAGAUACCCGCUAUGCGUGUAUUUUUUAGUACCUUCUGGAUGGCUCGUCCACACAUGGCAAGGAAAAUAUCACAUAAAAGAGGAGCCACUUGUGAGCCGAUGCACACUCCACUCUUUUGCACAUACUGAUGUUCUUGAUGAGCUACUACAGUCGCUGACGGGUAACAUUGUAGGAUUUCUAAGAAAUGACCUACGCUCAUCCCUGCAUUAUUUUGGAAAUUAAAAGGCCUCUUUCUUCGAUGGUGGUUUGAAUGAUCUGUAGGAGGCUUGUGUGGGGAAUAGAAUAGUACAUGUCUUGUACAUCUAUAGAGAACCCGGAGGCUAUGAGGUGUCCUUGUUCUUGAAGGAAGGAAAUUACGGGUUCUGAAUUUUGUAUUCGGAAAGGGUCAUCGAUUUGGACAUUGGAUAGUUGGGUCAGAAAUUUGGACGCGCAGGCCUGCCAGGUGGUUCGUUCCGAGACAAUGGCCCGAAAGGGAACUCCCUCCUUGCGAGUCUUGGCUGAAAAAAACGCCGAUAAUAAGUCUUUUUUUUGCCGCUUUGAUAUGGUCAUGAGACCCGCCUGUUGAGUGUCGCCGAGCAAUCUGAGGAUGGUUUGUUUUGCUGCUUUGGUAUGGUGAUCAUCAACUUGAACGAAGUUCUUGGCUAUGGCCUGGUGAGCUUUUUCCUCGUAUAUGUCGGAUGGUAGAACGACGAAGCCACCUUGCUUGUCUGAAACGCAUAAGUUAAGUUGUUUGCUCCUGAGCUCUUGUAUUGGCGUUAAGGUUCUUUUUUGAAAAAAAUUAUUUUAGAUUUAUAAAAAAAAAAAAAAGAACUACUACUCUCUUUUCCACCUCCCCAUGGAGGUGGCGUCACGAGCCAUCGAAGCCCAUCCAAAACUGCGCGUGUUAUGUUUGGGGGUGUGGCAGUGCGCCGAGUCUCGUCGUACGUUCACGGUGCCCAGUUGUCUGGGGUGACAGUCUGUUGACGAGUGCGGGAGAAGCUUCUCUCACAAUGACCUUGAAUGCCGGAGGGGGCUUGAGUUCCUCCUUACCUCCUGCGUUCACCCUGUUCAAGUGGAAAGAGUCUUUCGGGGAGAACUUGUUCCGAUCUCCUAACCCGCCUGCGGCUAUGGGAUACUUUGCGGACCACCGUCAAACGGUGUGUGGCCGUGCUAAGAUUGCCCUCGUCCGUACGCAGAAAGAGGGAUGCUGGUGGCCUCCCUGGAGACCUUCCCCUGCGAGCAGUGCCCCUCCUUCUUCUCCUCCGCGGCGUUCCUGGAGAAGCACCGGACCCUGGCUCACCAGACGGUGAGCCGCCGGGAGUGCAGCUACUGCUCUUACACCAGCGAGAGCACGACCAAGGUGAUCCAGCACGAGAGGACCCACACGGGAGAGCGGCCCUUUGUGUGCGGCAUGUGCGACAAGGCGUUCACGCAGCAGUCCAACCUGAUUCGGCACGUCCGCAUCCACACCAAGGAGAAGCCGUACUCGUGCCGCCUGUGCGGGUACAGGUCCAACGACUCGGGUCGCGUGAAGGAUCACGUGACGGCGGUGCACCUCAAGGAUCACCCCCCCACGUGCAAGCACUCCCGAGAGACUGUGAGGGAAAGCUGGAAGCAAAAAGACCCGAGAGGGAUGUCGGUGCAGUCGGUGGAGACCUUCCCCUACGGGCAGCGCACCUCCGUCUUCUCCUCGGCGGCGUUCCUGGAGAAGCAGGCGACUCGGAGGCGCCCCCCGGGGAGCCGCCACGAGUGCAGCUACUGCCCGUACUCGAGCCAGAGCAGGACCAAAGUGGUCCUGCACGAGAGAACCCACACGGGGGAGCGGCCCUUCGCCUGCGGCGUGUGCGGCAAGGCGUUUGUGCAGCAGUGCAAUCUCAUUCGGCACGUCCGGAUCCACUCCAAGGAGAAGCCGUAGUCGUGCCGCCUGUGCGCGUACGAGUCCACCGGCUCGGGUCGCGUGACGCCAAUACGCCCCAAGGAUUACCCCCCCUUGCGAGCACUGCGGGAAAGGGUACGAGGUCCCAUCCCUCCCGAGAGACCAUGUGGCCAAGAAGCGUGGCUUCGAGCACGAUGGGGACCAGUGAGUGUAAUGAACGUCGAGGGACUGUUGCACUGUUGUGUGUUGUAG